CGCGACAAGCCUAGCAAGACAUACCAAAAGCUUCCAUUGAGCACUUUCUCAUGAACUGCCAGCAGCAUAAUACUUAGAGCGACCACUUUAGCGAUAAGUUGAGGAACUUUGAUAAACUUCAUGACUUCUCUGUAACCAAAAUACUCGGUUCAUUAAACAAACAGAAACGUUGCUUUGCUAGCCGUACGAAAUUUAGUUUUGUGCAGCUCAUAAUUCAUUUACUUUCAUUUGCAGGUUCUAGGGAACUCCGUUCGCAUCUUCUGUUAGCAGUUUGGGUUAGUGUUCAGGAUUGCUAUAAAGAUAUAACAUUCGUGUGUGGAGAGGGGGCAUGAACCUAUUAGCGCGAGUAUACAUACGACGCUUCUUCUUGUUAGAUAUCUUUUUUUUUUUUGCGCUGUUCAGUAUACUGCGUCUGUAGACUCCGUGUGCGUUAUACGGGGGAAGUUGUAGCAUCAGUUUCUUCUCUGCGCAUUCAGAUACCCUGCCCUGAUAUAGACGACCUUCCUCUUCCUCAACAACACCAAUAUCGUCAAUAUGGACAGUUCCGAAGCUACCAAGGGAAUAUUCGUCACAACCAACUACGCUCCUUCGACUCCAAGGAUCAUCCUAUGCGGCUAUCGCAGAGACUCGUGGAAUAAUUGCAAAAGGCUCGGCCCCAACCCUAGCGAGCAGAAACCAGCAAAGUUAUGCUGGUACCAUUGCUACGACGAAGACAGGAACAGAGUGCACCAAAAGGUGGAAUCCUACGGCACCCCGUGCGCCGGCCGGCCAAACCGCCCCAUUGGAUUCUGCUGGGGUUCGCAUUGCCACCAAGACCUCUUCGGCAGGCGCCCACCCUGGACUCCAAGUGCGGGUAGUAAAGGCCCACCCACUGCACCAACUACCGGCUCAACCGCUGCGACUUCGAGGCCGUUACCGUCGGAGCUUUACCGGCGUGGUAGUGCAAAGCAAACUGUCAACAGCACCGGAAAAACCAAUUCAGAGCCCUACAAUGAAGCGUCCAUAAGAAAGCCCCAAUAGCGCGUCAAGACGCCGAGCAGAGCGCAAAGUUUCACACUUCACGAACCACCAGCAGCUAAAGGAUGACGUGGCAGCAUAUCUGGGGUAGACGAUAGGCGAAAGCAUAAAAACAAUCUAAAAUAUUUUUUUUCAUCUCA